GGCCAUCCAUAAAGGGCGUCUCUCGGACUUGUGGUUUUGCAGACAUCGCAGGGCUCUCAGACUUCCUCUAUCGCAUUUUCGCCCCCACAGAUUCAUCUGCUUCUCACGAUCCACCACUGACAAACAUGAGUGACGAGGGAGAAAAGACAUGUCCUCUCUGCACUGAAGAGAUGGACUUGACAGAUCAGCAAUUGAAGCCAUGCAAAUGUGGUUAUGAGAUAUGUGUCUGGUGUUGGCAUCACAUAAUGGAUAUGGCUGAAAAGGAUGAUACAGAAGGCCGGUGUCCGGCAUGCCGCACACCUUAUGACAAGGAAAAAAUUGUUGGGAUGGCAGCUAACUGUGAAAGAUUGGUGGCUGAAAUCAAUUCAGAAAGAAAACUGAAGUCACAGAAGGCAAAACCAAAAGCGUCGGACGGUAGAAAGCAUCUUAGCAGUGUCCGAGUAAUUCAACGAAAUCUGGUGUACAUCAUUGGGAUACCGUCUAACUCAGCGGAUGAAGAUGUUCUUCAGCGCAAGGAAUACUUUGGACAGUAUGGCAAAGUUCUAAAGGUGUCUAUUUCUCGGACAGCCGGGGGUGCCAUUCAGCAUUCUGCAAACAACACUUGUAGUGUAUAUAUUACUUACUCAAGAGAGGAGGAAGCGGUUCGAUGUAUUCAAUCUGUACAUGGUUUUGUCUUGGAAGGUAAAUCUUUGAGGGCAUGCUUUGGAACCACAAAAUACUGCCAUGCAUGGCUUAGAAAUGUGCCUUGCAGCAACCCAGAUUGUUUAUAUUUGCAUGACAUUGGUACUCAGGAAGAUAGUUUCACCAAAGAUGAAAUUAUUUCAGCUUAUACAAGGAGUAGAGUACAACAAAUUACUGGUGCCACAUAUAAUUUGCAAAGGCGUUCAGGGAAUGUGUUACCUCCCCCAGUUGAUGAGUACUGCAAUAACGGCAAUGCUUCUUCAGGCAAACCUAUUGUCAAGAGUAACUCCAAUCAAAAUCCUGUAAGUCAGGCUAAAGGUUCUCCUCCUAAUAGUAGUUCUGGAAGAUCUGUUGCGCUUCCAGCAGCAGCUUCAUGGGGUAUGCGUGCCUCAAAUUGCCGACCACUAGCUUCAAAUUCGGUGUCUUCUAAUGGACCUGCCAAGCAAAAAUCUGAUUCAUUUAAUGGUUCAGUUCUCCCAUCAUUGGUUGCAAGCACAAGUCAUACUUCUGUAUUGCCUAGUGAUGUAGGGAAGAUAUCUACAGUAAAUGGAGAAAAUCAUGUGAUGCAAUCUAGUAAAAGAUCAGAGUCAUGGGAUAUGUCUAAACAACAUGGUGUCAGAGAUUGGCAAAAAAGGGUGGCAGAUACAACUGUACCAUCAACUGUUGUGCAAGAUGUGGAACCUACUCUUGUAACUCUCAGUGAUCAUCUCUCUCGUGUGUCUCUGUCUAAGGAUAAAGAUGGAGGCGUCAUGAUACAACCAAAUGUGGUUAACUCAGAAGAUCUCUGUAGACAAUCUUGUAGUUCUGUUCCAGAUAAAGAUGACAUUAAUACAAGUGGUAAUGUUCAGGAUUUAUGCUCUGGAUUAUCAGCUACUGUUGUUGAUAGUUGUCCUGGGUUUGACCAUUUUGAAUCUGUUAGAGCUACCAGCCAUCCUGCAGUUAGAUCACCUGGAAGUUUGGGGUUACAACAAAACCAUUCUGAGAAACCAAGGGAACCCUUAACCUUGCUCCCCUCAAGGAAGACUUCUACAUUGUCUGAUGGGCUCUGUGCUUUCAAAGAACCAACUGAUUGGAGAUCAGAAUCACAAAUACAUGUUCUUCAAAAUUCAUGCCAUGAAGCCGAAGAGGAUCUUCUAGCUUUGGAAGGUCGAACAGUGAAGGCUUCAGAGGUAGUUAUUAGUCAGGUGUCAAAUCUUCCACAUUUGCCCAAUCAUUCUAGUGGUCAUUAUUUAUGGCAAAAUGGUGAUCCAUGCAGUGCAAGUAAUCUGGGUAAUAUAGGUCCUAGAGCUGUACAUAGAAGAGUGGAUGAAGCCUAUGUUCCUUUUAAUUCUGGUGAUUUAUCAUCCAAUGGACAUUGUGAAAAUAAAAUUAGCAGUUCUACUGAAUUGGAUGGGUUCUCUGAAUCUUCGAACUUAUUUUCAAGUAUAGAGAAAGGAAAAUGCUUGGCAAGAUUUAGUGAUGAUGUUGGCAAUGCUGAAAAGAAUGCUGCUUCAGAAAUGGGAGAGAGUAGCAUUAUCUCAAAUAUCUUAUCAAUGGACUUUGAUGUGUGGGGUGACUCAUUGACCUCUCCUCAGAACUUUGCUAAGUUGUUGAAUGAAGCUAAUAGACAGCAUGGCUCUCAGAAAAUAGAAAGUUCAUGGAAGGUGCAAAACAACAAUCAAUCCAGGUUCUCAUUUGCUAGGCAGGAUGAGUUUAGGAAUGAAGGAUCUGAUUUUGAAUCUCCGUUCAGUAGUAUUCCAAAGAAAUAUUCCAUGUUUCAGGGUGCUCUAGAAAACAGGGAUCAUUUCAUGGAAAAGCUUCGCAAUGGGUUUUCAUCUAGUAGUAUAGAGGAAACUGAUCCUUACUCCAGCAGCCAUUUGGUUACCUCUUCCAAUAAGCUUUCUGUUUCAAGAGCUCAAAUUUCAGCCCCACCUGGAUUUUCAGUCCCUAACAGAGCACCCCCACCGGGCUUCUCUUCCCAGGAGAGAAUGGACCAGGCUUUUGACUCUUCUGGGAACCAUUUGCUCGAGAGUUCUUUACUGAGAAACAAAUAUCAGACUUCACCAAGUGGGAUUGGCAGCAUUGCGGAUGUUGAAUUUAUUGAUCCUGCAAUACUGGCUGUUGGUAAAGGGAGACUGACCAAUGGGAUCAGUAAUAUGGGCUUAGACAUCAGAUCAACUUUCCCCCCUCAGUUUGGUGCCUCUGAAAAUGAUGCAAGGCUUCAAUUAUUGAUGCAACAAUCCAUCCCUUCACAUCAUAACCUGAGAUUUUCUGAUCAUAUUUCCGAUAGGUUUUCUUCUUGCAGUGAUGCUUAUUCUAUUCCAUCUAGGCUUUUGGAGCAAUCCCAAAUCAGCAGCAUGGCCCCAUAUUCACAGUUAUCAUUCCAACAGUCUAGACAUGCACGGAUGUCAAACAGUCAUUGGGAUGGCUGGAAUGAUGUUCAGACUGGAAAUGAUCUGGGUAUGGCAGAGCUCCUUAGAAAUGAAAGACUGGGAUUCAACAAAAUUUUUCCCGGCUACGAGGAUCUAAAGUUUCGGAUGCCAAGUUCCAGUGAUCUUUAUAACAGGGCAUUUGGGAUGUGAUAUAUGUUAAUAGUGUAUGCUUUUGUCUGCUUGCUAGACAAUUGUAUAUAUGGAGCCAACUGAUGUGACCGUUUAUAAGAUAACUUCUGCUCUGGCGGAUGGGCAACUGACCUUCCUUUGGCAGUUUCUCUUACUGGGAGCUUAAAGAAUGUUGAAGCUAUCCUACAUCUGGAUUUCAUGAUGAUGAUCAUCCCUUGGGUUUCUGGAUGUCAGCUGACUGGUUUCUGAAGAUUUUAAGAUAUACAUUGGUUGUGAAAGUGAAUGAGAGCAACUGUGCAUCUUUUAUGAUCUGUCAACCAAUUGGAUCAGAAUCCAAGGGCCUUGAAUGCCAAUAAAAAGACAGCCACGGUUGUUGUGUUGGAUCUCGGACUGACGGUUGACAGCAUGUAAUGCACGUAAGGCUGUCAGCGUAGCUAUGAGCUUAAGGUUUGUAUUCAUGUUUUUUUGAUCGGCUGGUUCACCAUCAGGUCUUGCAGUUGCAGUCCCAUCUAAAGUCUGAAUACGUUCGUUCCCUUGUUUGUAUCUAUCUUUUUUUUUUUUUUUUUGGUUUGCAACUUUGCAUUGAAUAUCGAGUUGAAAAUCAGAGGUUAUCUGAUGUGUAAUGUAUCUUUUUGGUGAAUGGUCUUCAGACACAACGAGUUAAAAGAAACUGAAACGGGGAUUUGACAUUGUAAUUCGACCACCUGACUAUCAAAAAAUUUUGCUUUGAUAUGAUUUAAUGAUCAAGGGUGUUGUUGCCUUUA